AUGGCUACAUAUGAUGGCUCCGCAAUAGGUGUUGGUGAGUUCCUGGUGUAUAUGAAGGUUACUCUCCUGCUUCUCUGGCUGAAAGGAUUCCUCUUCCUUCCUGAAUGGCCCCAGGUUGGGCACUCCCAAAGACUUGGCCCCCCAGAAGUGGUGAUCCCCCUGAGGGUUACACCCACUGACAGAGGCAUGAAGCUUCAAGGCUGGUUCUGUUACAAACUGCAUUUUGGGGGCCAGAGACAUGUUGUUCAUAUAAAGGUCAAGAAGAAUUUUUUGUCCAAAAACUUCCCAGUGUUCACCUAUGCAGACACGGGUGUUCUCCUGGAAGACCAACCUUUUGUCCAGGAUGACUGUUAUUACCGUGGUUAUGUGGAAGGGGACCCAGAGUCUCUGGUUUCCCUCAAUAACUGCUUCGGGGGCUUUCAGGGAAUGUUACAGACAAAUGACAUUGUUUAUGAAAUUGAACCCAAAAGGUUUUCUCCUGCGUUUGAGCAUCUAAUAUAUAAGCUAGACAAUGAGGAGACAAAUUUUUCAUAUUUUAGAUGUGGGUUAACAGAUGAAAACAUAGCAGGCCAAUUGAAGUUUCAAGGAAGCAUUAAUUCCACUUUGAUGCAAAGUGGCUAUACAGGCUGGUGGACCCACAGGUACUUUCUUGAAGUUGCAGCGGUCAUAGAUCACACUCGAUAUGUUCAUCAUGAAAGCAAUACUUCGCUUGCGCAGGAAGAAGUGUUCCUUGUUUUAAAUGGAGUAAGUGACCUUAUGAAAGCACUGGGUCUGGAGGUACUUUUCAAGGGAAUGGAGAUAUGGACUGAAAAAAGCCUUAUUGCCAUAGAAAGUGUUAACAAGGCCUUGGACGACUUUUGCAAAUGGAAGCAAAAGGGCUUCCAUACCCGUGUGCGCCAUGAUCUGGCGCAUGUUUUUGUAAAAAAGAAUUAUGGUGAAACUCUUGGCUUGGCCUUUGUUGGAACAGUGUGUUCAGGUCGUUAUAGCUGUGGAAUUGAGACUUUCCACAAUGAAAGAAUUUUUACUUUAUCUUAUAUUGUGACUCAUGAGAUGGGUCAUAAUUUGGGUAUGAAUCAUGAUAAUAUCAAAAUAUGUAAAUGUGGAGCACCAAGGUGCAUAUUGUUUCCAUAUGUAGCAUUAACAACUAAAUUCAGCAACUGCAGCUAUGCUGAUUAUUGGAACCUCGGUCAUAGAAGACAUUGUUUGUACACAGCACCAGAUCCACUUACAGUCAUCAGGGAGACACGCUGCGGAAACGGUGUGGUUGAAGAAGGAGAAGAGUGUGACUGUGGACCCUUAAAGAAGUGUAACACUGAUCCCUGUUGUCAGUUAAACUGCACUAUGACAGCUGGUGUAAACUGUGCUUUGGGGCUUUGUUGCCAUAACUGCACAUUCAUGCCACCAGGCACCGUGUGUAGGAAAGUAGAAAAUGAAUGUGAUCUUCCAGAGUGGUGCAACGGGACAUCCUAUCAGUGUCCAGAAGAUGUGUACAUGCAGGAUGGGACCUCCUGCACAGGCGGUGGUCACUGCUAUGAAAAGAGAUGCAAUGAGCGCAAUGAACAGUGUAGGAAAAUCUUUGGCAAAGAGGCCAAGAAUGCAAACGUGAGUUGCUACAGGGCAGUGAAUACCCGAGGUGACCGUUUCGGUAACUGUGGUAUCACAGCCACCUCAUACGUAAAAUGCAACAUGUCAGACAGCCUGUGUGGGAGGAUUCAGUGUGAGAACGUGAAAGAACUUCCUCUAAUGAGCAAUCAUACUACUCUGCAUUGGACUAAAUUCAAUAAUAACACUUGCUGGGGUAUAGACUACCACCGUGGGAUAGGAACAGCUGAUAUUGGUGAAGUGAAAGAUGGUACCAUGUGUGGUCCCCGAAACACCUGCAUCAGAAGGAAGUGUGUCUCUUCUUCCACCAUUCCACGUUUUUGCUCACCUCAGCUCUGCUCUUUGAGGGGAAUCUGCAACAACAGACAUCACUGCCACUGCAAUGCCGAGUGGGACCCUCCCACCUGCCAGCAAAAAGGCAGAGGGGGCAGUGUGGACAGUGGCCCACCCCCUGCCUCCCAGACAGAAGAAAGGAACCCCAGCUCCUGCGGCUUUACACCUUCUCCCAGCACACCUUUCCGCCUGCAUUCCAGCGAAAUGCUGGCUUGUCCUCUGAAGGGUAUGGCCUCCCAGGAGCUUCUGGUGACGAGUCAUUCAUCUGCUGAGGCUCCACGCACCAUGGAACAGGCAAGGAGCAUUUGUCGACAGCCUGCAUCAGACCCUGCCAGGAGCCUCCUCAACAAGAAGGGGCCAGCCAUGGCGUCGCCCUUCACUGUGCUUGUGUUUCUCGUCUUCUGGGAUACAGGACUAGCAGCUUUGUAUUUUGACGCUGGAAGAGUGGGUACCUACAACUGGUGGCUCAACGGCGGAGGUGAAACACAGCAAAAGUCCAACUCGGCGAAAGCUUCUGUGGCAGAAGCUGAACGUGAAGAAAACCCAGCGCAGUGCAAGUGUCAAGACGCCCAGCGUGCUGGCAAAUGGGACAGCCAAAACAAACAGCAGAAAGCUCAUGUGGCAAGGUCUCCAAUUCUAGAAGGCCUCCCGUUAAGGAGAGCAGCAGUGGGUGCAACUGAGGGAUUCUGGAGAGGCUACUCCCCAGCAUGUCCUGAAGGCUCCACUAUCCUCUGUGCCCCAGUAGCUGUUGUCCAAGUGGGAGGACCAGAGGACACCCGCAGGGCAGGCCACCCUCACGCUCUGCAGAGCCUGACACGGUCUCCAGGCUUCCAGCCUCUCAUCCCCAGCCCCGGACAGGGGAAUAUUGGGCGAGCAUAUUCCUCUGGCCGCAGGUCCAUCACAGCUGGCCCCCUGUGUGCCUGUCUCUAUGCCUUUACUUAA